AUGUCGCAACCACCUGAUCUUGCCUUUGCCAAAGGACUGCCUAAAGUAGAGCUUCAUGCUCAUCUGUCAGGUAGCAUCAGUAGAAAAUGUCUUCACAACAUAUGGCUGCGGCAAAAGACCAAAAAUCCUUCAUUUGAUCUGGACGACCCAUCGACAGCUAUGCCGAGCGCCGCAGAUGGCGAAAUUGAUGUUGUCAGGUACACAUACAAGCGAGCUCUCAACUGCACAGACAGUCUAACACGAAAUCACAGCUUCUUUCCCAUCUUUGACAAGUAUAUCUAUGCUUUGAUAUCUGAUGAAGAAAGCAUACGACACGCGACCACUUCUGUCCUGGAAGACUUUCAAGACGAUGGAGUCUGCUACUUGGAGCUUCGGACUACGCCGCGCGCGAUCCCGGAUGCUGGAGUCAGUAAAGAGGAAUACGUUAAAACUGUCUUGCAGGCCAUGAACGACUUUAAGGCAUCGUCAAAGCAGGAUAUCAAGGGAGCUCCUCAUUACGACAAGCUGCAUGCAAAACUCAUCUUGUCAAUAGACCGCAAGAAUACGCUUGAAGAGGCUUCUGAAGUUGUGCGUUUGGCUCUCAAGUACCGUCACCUUGGGAUCGUGGGAGUGGAUCUUUGCGGCAACCCAGCGAACAAGCCCAUCUCUCAUCUCGCACCAGCUUUUGCCGAAGCUCGAGCUCAAGGUCUUGGUAUCACGCUGCACUUUGCAGAGAUUGCUCAAGAAGAUUCCAGCGAGCUUGAAGAAAUGCUAUCAUGGCAACCACAACGACUAGGCCACGUCAUCCACGUUCGCGAAUCACUUCGAAAAACAAUCACAGAAAACAAACUCGGACUCGAGCUUUGCCUUACCUGCAAUGUUCUUUGCGGACUAAGUCAAGGCGGCUACGCAGCUCACCAUUUCGGCGAGUGGUGGAGUGCUGGUAUACCCAUUGCUUUGUCUACUGACGAUGUUGGCAUCUUCGAGUCGACGCUUAGCAAUGAAUAUAUGCUUGCUGCGACCAACUUUGACCUUGAUAAAACGGCACUAGUGGAGCUUUGUAGAGGGUCGGUGGAUACGAUCUUUGGGGGAGAGGGUGAGAAGGAGAGGAUUUCGGCGUUGCUUGUGGGAUUUUGGUCGUCGUCUUGUGUGGGCAAUCUUCGGCCAUGA